CAAGAUUAAGUAUCACAGCCUGGGGUUACACCUACCUCUCUCUCUCUCUCCCUCAUGUGUUCUUAUGGUGUCAUCCAUAAUUGAAACCAUCAACAGUUUUCUCUUCGACAUCUAAACAUAUGGCGAGGGAUCCCCCUUUGUGAACUCUCCUCCUCCCCUCCCUCCAUCCCUGCUCAUCCGGCUGACUCUCACCGCUCCUCUCACUAUCUUCCUUUUCAUUGUUCAGUAGCUUUCCGCCUCAGUAAAUACCCCCCCACCCUUCGCCCCCAUCCUCUCACCGCCAUUUGGGGAUUAUCGUCUAGACGUGCCAUGCUGAUUGGCUGUCACACCCAGCGGUGUCCCCUCAUUGGACAGAGAUACAUAUAUGGGCAGUUAGACUGAACUGUUUGAAAGGUGAGAGACAGUGCCAGGGCUGGCGGUGGUGCAACAGUGAGAUUGACAGGGACAUGUUACCUCCUGCUUUUUGACAGUUUACAGAAGACGUCUAUGAAAGAAGCCGGGGAUGGCCUCCACGCUCAGAUGAAUUCAAUGAUGGGAGCCCUUCAGGAACUCAAAGUCCUCCAGGUCCAGACGGCUCUAGAAAACCUGGACAUUUCAGGUCGCCCCAUUAACCGAGGGAUGUCACAUCCUGCUCCGCCAGCUAUUACAUCAACUACAACUGAAGAAGCGUUAGAGUCAGAAAAGGAUCAUGGGCUACACUUUAGGCAAACUCUGCCAGAGGACAGCAGCCCAAGUCUGAUGCCAAGUCCAAGGUCAUCUUUGGGGAGCAGAAACACCUUCACGCUAGAAAGCAACAGCUCAUCUCGAAACAGAAGCAGCCUGGGAACGUCUUCGUUCUCCGCAUCCAGUCUGCAGAGUGAGGUUGAAGGAACCUCCAGAACGGCAGAAGAUGAGAAUGACCUUGAGUCAGUGCCCAAAAGAUGGUCAGGGUACACAGCCCCUCAAGUGGACUUCUAUGGCCCAAUGGUGGGAAACCCUCCACCAGAGCUCUGUCCUCACCCACAACCUCAUACUCAUGGUCAAGCAGUGGACCUGCCUGGCAUCCUGUACAGUCUCUCCAGGGAGGGACCUUCACUAGACAGCGACUACUCCCCGGAGAGCACAGACGAUGCCAGCGACUGGACCUCUUCAUUAAUGAGCCGCAGCCGCAACCGCCAGCCCUUAGUGUUGGGCGACAAUGUCUUUGCAGACCUGGUGGGUAACUGGUUGGACCUGCCUGAGGUGGAGCGGGAGGAGGUGGAAGAAGAGGCAAGGAAGGGAGAGGAGAGGACAGUGGACGGAGGAGGGGAUAGGCCGGACACCCCUGCUCACCCUCUCCGCCUCAGCCGUUCGCAGGAGAUCUGUAAGAGGUUCUCGCUAACCACAAACAUCUUCAAAAAGUUCCUGCGCACUGUACGGCCUGACAGAGACAAGCUGCUGAAGGAGAGGCCUGGCUGGAUAGCUCCUGACCUGCCAGAGGGUGACCUCUACAAAAGGCCGAAAAAAAUGGUACCUAAAAGUUCAAAAGGCAGUUUCUACCUGCCAUUCUGGUCAAACGGACAGCAGAGCAAAGGCAGGCCAGGUCCAUGUCUAGGUGAACCAGAAAAGAGCCACCAGCACCGUCCACAUCACUUCCCCCUCUUUUACCAGCACCCAUUUGCAGAGCUUUAUGUAGACGGGAGACAGCCAGAGACUGGUGUGGAGAAAAUGCAGCCCUUGUUUGACUACAACACAGCUGUGUGGGUCUGACUGUGAGUCUGAGGCCAACUGAGCACCCUGUGAUGCCAGACAGAGUGAGUGACUGCUGGGUGUUAUUUCCCAGCAGGUGUUUAAGAAUGAUGGCUGAGCUGAAUGAAUGAAUGAAUGAAAACAUUAUUCUCCUGGGAUGGAGAUAUUAUCAGGUCACCAAAUUUCUCUGACAAUCCUAAAACUUUAACCUCGCUUCCUGUAUGUGUGUGUGUGUGUGUUUGUGUACUUGUAUUUAUAUCUUUGUGAGGUCCAGAAAUUGUACAAGGAGGACAAGAUUACCCUUUUGUCUGGCCCCCACAAGUUUAAAGGGCUUUUUCUGGGUUAAGACCUGGUUUUAGGUUUAGGAUUUCAUUUGAGUUUAGGUUAUGGUAAGCUUUAGGCUCUUAUUUUUGAUGGUUAGGUUUAGAUAAGGGGCUAGGGAAUGCAUUAUGUCUUAUGACGUGUCCUCACUAAGAUAUAAAAACGAGUUUGUAUGCGUUUGUUUGAGCUGUAGAGUGAGUUUUUUUUUUUUUUAGAUAUCCGGUUUUGUAUUAUUUAAUUAGUGUUAUGUCUGUGUGCUUGUAUGACUGGGUUCUCUGUCUUUCUCAAAAUGUCACCAUCAUUACUCCUGCAUAGAAAGUCUAUGCUACAGGACAUACUGUACGUCGUCAUCUCAAAUCUUUGCUUCUAUGAAUAGAAGCACCAACUGUUGGAUUGCACGGUUACUGUUUUUUAUAACGGAUGCUACAAACAGCUGUUAACAAACACACUGCCACUGAACAGAAGCUCCCUUUUGUUUCUAGGUUCUGAUGCCUUGGUAACUGCGGUUGAGCUGGUCUUAUUCACUUUUGCUCAGGGACUAAAUGCAACACAGGAGGAAAAAUAAUGUGACACUGCCACAUUUAUAUACAGUUUGGAGAAGUCUUGCAACACAGUUGACGCCAAGUCCAAAGAUUGCACAGUACAUUUUGAGAUUGCUCUGCUGUGAUCAGAAAUGUUGUGCUUUUUAGAAAUGCUGGUUUUUCUCUCUGCCAUGUAGACAGAGCACAUUUGAACUCAAGUGUCAGUCUAAACUGGGUUGUUGUUAUACAGAGUGAGAGGAAAAGGAAAAAGAUAAGAGUACUGACUGACAGCCAUCUGAUACUCAGUUACGUAAAGCUUGUUCACUACAAGCUCAACUCAACACAAAUGCAAACGGCUCAGUUGAUUUUGAAGCAUUGAAACUCUGAACUAUGAUUGUGUUACAAAGGUGAACACAUUUCAGGGCUUUAGUAAUGACGGGAUAGUUGAAAGUGGACAUAAAAAAUCCACUAUCUCCAUCAGACAGGAUCAAGUUAAAAGAAUGCAUGUACAAAUCAGUGUACAUAUUUGCCAUCAGGCAGCCUGUAGCAUUAACAGGCGUUCUUCUGUAAUAUCUGACUGCAUGAUUUUCAUUAUUCUGCACAGAUAAAUGUGUACAUGACGAGCAACAUGUCAGUUCUUGUGUAAACCAAGCCACCACACUUAAACCACAAACCGCUGCAUUAAGCUACAAUAAUAUUUAUUCUGCUGUAUCGUAAUAAAUCGUUUUUGCUGUUUUUUUACGUCAUUUCAUAUACAUAUACGGAUUUCCUCAGGAUUACAGAUGACACGUCCCACUCUCUCCCAAAAUAUGCUUCUUCUGUUUAUAUUUAGGGUCACUGUAUGCAAAGACAAUCUGAUAGUAGGAAAAAAACAAAACACAAGUUUUAAAUAUGAUGCUACACCAAUUAUCCAGCAGGGAUUAGACCUCAGGUCUUCUGAGUGUCUUGGCCAGUUGAUCCAUAUGGUGUCUCAGUAUUCAGGUCAAUACAUAUGACACAUUCAGAGGGUCCAAAACACACACACACACACACACACAUAUGGUUUCUGCUGAGAUGGUUGUGCUUAAAAGCACAGUGUGAGACGUCACAAUACAUAGUAUGUGUAUGUAGAUGUAACAUUGAUUUUCUUUCUUUUUACGGUUGUGUAAUAAGUGUCAUUUCUAACACUGUCGUUGGUAUUUUUCAUCAGGGUUCUGCGAACCUCCAGUAAUUGAUUCUGUUUCAUGUGCACUGUAAAAACUGUCAGACUGACACUUUGUAAAUUAAAUGUUUUCAAGA